AUGAAGCUUCAGCAAUGGUCAAUCCGAGUCUGGACGCGACUCCCUCGUUCAUUCCUCUAUAAUAGCCCCCGAUUAAGCGUCCGAAACCUUUCCGUUUCCUCAAAACCUCAGUGCCGACCUCUUGACAUCCUCGAAAAUGCUACUUUGGACACCUUCCAGCAGCGAUGCUUCCUCCCCGAACAACCAGCAAUUCUCCCGCGAUCUACCUUCCAAGACCUCCCCGCACUGAAACAAUGGUUCAAACGCGCGGGUCCGGAGUCAACACCAGGCACUUCGAACCCCGUCGCAAGCCUGAACGUGGAGUAUCUCCACAAACACGGCGCUGACGCCUUCGUCCCACUCGAGCUCACGGAAUCUACAUCGACAGACACUACAUCCGAAUCGAACGGUGGGACAACAGAAACACUUAGCUUCCGGCAAUUCCACGCGCCGCUCACGCUGUUCCUCGACUGGAUGCGCACGGCUGAGACCACUCCGCAGUCAACGCGGCUCUACCUAGCACAAUGCCAGCUCCUGGACCUCCCUCCCGUCCUUCGAGAAGACUUUCCGACACCGGAGCUUGUAGCGCGUGCGGGAAAGGGCGAUGUGUAUGAUACAAAUGUCUGGAUUGGACACCCGCCCACUUAUACGCCGCUCCACCGCGACCCGAACCCGAACUUAUUUGUCCAGCUGGCUGGGGAAAAGGUUGUGCGGCUGCUUGCGCCGGUGGAUGGGCAGGCUGUGUUUGGGGCUGUGAGGAGGCAGCUGGGGAAGAGUGGGAGUCGGGAGGCAGCGGCUUUCCGGGGCGAGGAGAUGAUGCAGGGGAUGGAGAGGGCGCUGUUAGAUGAGAUGGUUUGGGGGACUCCGGUGUCUGCCGAUUUGGAUGCGGGGGUUGGCUUUGAAGCGCGGCUUGGGGCUGGUGAUGGGUUAUUCAUUCCCAAGGGGUGGUGGCAUAGUAUUAAGGGUGUUGGUGAAGGUGUUACGGCUUCGGUCAACUGGUGGUUUCGAUAG